UUCGUCACUAUAAAUUAUAAUAACAAAUAAUUAAAACCUGUAAGCAUAUACGUGCACAUAGUGAUAUGAUUAGAGCAGUAUGACAACCCUCGACCUAAUGCUAAAUGAUAAAAGUUCCAGAUGUUGUUUACUUUAAUGCAGUCGAGCUUCACUGUGGCAAGAGGGUGCACGGCCGGGAGCAUUUAGAUAGCACGAAUACACAUCACGAAUCGUUAGUAAAGGAAUUAUUUUCGAAAUGGAACUGAACUUUGUAACUACGUUGAUAAAACAUGAUGUGAACCAUAAUGUGAGACAGUGCUUCAAAUCAAAAAAGCCGUUUGUCACCAGAAAGGAAGAAGUGAUGGCGAUCAAAAAUAAAUUUCCAACUAAAAUACCGAUUAUAGUGGAGAGGUAUCAGAAAGAAAGAAGUUUGCCAGCAUUGGACAAGUCAAAAUUCCUAGUGCCAGAAGACAUCACAAUGUCACAGUUUCUAGUUAUAAUUAGGAACAGGAUAAAAAUAAAACCUAACCAAGCGCUGUACUUAAUAAUCAACAACAGAUCUAUGCUGAGCAUGAGCCUGACUAUGGCGCAGGCCUACGAGCAACACGGCGACGAGGACGGGUUCCUCUACAUCACGUACGCCUCGCAGGAGGUGUUCGGCUACCAGGACGAUAUGACAGGAAAACAAGAAGUGGAAGCGAUAAGGCAUAGAUUCCCGAACAAAGUACCGUUGUACGUGGAACGUUACAUACGAGAAAGGGAAGUUCCGGCGUUGGGGAGAAAGAAGUUUCUAGUGCCCCAAGAGCUCACGAUGUCCCAGUUCCUCUUUAUAAUUAGGACAAAGAUGAAGCUACGGGAUUCACAAGCCCUAUACCUGCUAGUGAACGAGCGCGUGCUGGCCAGCCACAGCAUGACCAUGGCGCAAGCGUACGAACAGUUCCGCGGCGACGAUGGAUUCCUGCACAUCACGUACGCUGCGCAGCAGGUCUUCGGCUGAACCAAGUACUGCAAGUUGCUGGAUUAGUGAAACUGAUGUUCCUGCAAUAGCGUCUUCAAGAACAAGAGACUGAUAGUAUUUUAAUUUUCAUUCCUAAUGUGAUAUUUUAUAUGAAUAAGAUUUGAAAAGUGUUUAAAUUAAAGUGCGGUGUCCGAAGAGAGCCCGGGCUGGUCCUCGCG